AUGUCACAACCCAAGUCCAUAUUUCUCUCACGAGAGCCCUUGACUUCCCAAGACGCCAAAUGGAAACGACUAGUUAAAACAAACUACACCGAUCCCAAUGGAGUCCAGAGAGAUUGGGAAUCCGCUGAACGCCAGACAAGACCGACAGGCUCCCAUGUCGAUGGAGUCAACAUCGUCGCUAUUCUGAAUAAUUUAAAUGGCUCUGAAAUCCUUUUGGAAAAGCAAUACCGUCCUCCAAUCGACCAGGUCGUCAUAGAACUCCCCGCGGGAUUAAUCGACGCAGGAGAGACAAUUGAACAAACUGCAGUACGAGAGUUGAAAGAAGAGACUGGGUAUAUCGGUGUUGCGGAUCAAACUACUGGUAUUAUGUACAAUGACCCCGGCUUCUGCAAUGCCAAUUUCCACAUGGUUUAUGUUCAGGUUGAUAUGUCUCUUCCGGAAAAUCAAAAUCCAAAGCCUGAGCUUGAAGAUAAUGAGUUUAUCGAGUGCUUCACACUUCCAGUGUCGGAGCUUUCGGCUGAAUUGCAAAAGUUGGAGAGUGAAGGGUAUGCGAUUGACGCCCGGGUGGGAUCCAUUGCAGAGGGAAUUGAGAUUGCAAAGAGGUUGAAGCUUUGA